AUGUUGUAUAAUGAUCACACUAUAUUCAACACGACACUACCAGUUUCUAGAAGGAUAUUGAAGCCAAAUUUUGAGACUAACGGGAACUUGAUAAUUUUGAAGAAUAAUCAAACUUUAUCUUCAUCGUACUCUAAUGAAAAUGCUCAACGAUUACCACCUUUACAACAUGAUCAACCAGUGAUGAUGCAGAAAAGAAUUCGAAAUUGGAUACCUGGAAGGAUUAUAAGUCCUCAUCGCCAACCUGAAAGCUAUCUCGUUGAAACUAAUGAUGGCGGAACAUAUAGAAGGAAUCGAAUAAAUUUGAAACCAGUCCCAACAAAUAAAACUGAUAAUCGAACUCAAACCGUCCCAAUCUCUCCCAAACGAUGCGGGUUAGCUCACACCUCCAAAGAGUCUGAAUACUUCGAUAACUAUCAUUCAAGUUCAUCAUCCUCAGAAGAUUUUCCAACAACCAUUCCCGAUGUACCGGAAAUUACAAGAGGCAGUCCGAGGAAGAAUAGAAGCACCGGGGGCGGCAGAGAACACUCAGAAGAAGCAGCAUUGAUGCCGAGAAACGGAUCCGCAGAAAAAAACGAGAUGAUACAAGGAAGAUAG